CUAAAACAAGCUCAAGAGAGAGAUGAGUCACUUCCCAGAGUGACUGCAGUCGCCUAGAAGUGACAGCAGACAGACAGGCAAGAACCCAGGGCACCGAAGCGGGCAGGACUUUGAGGGUCACCAAGGAGCAUGGCAGGCGGCCCAGAGGUGGUGGCCAUGGACUGCGAGAUGGUGGGUAUAGGACUUCUAAGGGUGAGUGGCCUUGCCCGCUGCAGCAUCGUGAACCUCUAUGGCGCAGUCCUGUAUGACAAGUACAUCCGGCCCGAGGGAGAGAUCACGGAUUAUAGGACCCGAGUCAGCGGGAUCACACCUCUGCACAUGGUGAGGGCUACACCAUUUGGCGAAGCCAGGCUAGAGAUCCUGCAGCUCCUGAAGGGCAAGCUGGUGGUGGGCCACGACCUGAAGCAUGACUUCAAUGCGUUGAAGGAGGACAUGAGCAAGUAUGCCAUCUAUGACACCUCCACAGACAGGCUGCUGUGGCAUGAGGCCAGGCUGGACCAUUACGAGCGCGUGUCCCUGCGGGUGCUGACUGAGCGCCUGCUACACAAGACCAUCCAGAACAACCGGCAGGGCCACAGCUCUGUGGAAGACGCCAGGGCCACAAUGGAGCUCUACAGGAUCUCUCAGCGACUCAGAGCCAGAGCCCAACAAGGGCUGUCCCACCUGGGGGCGUCAUACUGAAGGUCAUCUUUGUCCAGGGACCAGAGGCUUCCACUCCUUAAGGACAGUAGUUUUCCACAGAUGAGACCCGUUUCUAACGACAGCAGCCAACAGAAAAGCAAAACCAGAGACAACACUCCCCAUGCCCGAAUUUUUCUAGCUUUUGGGAAAAAAAAAAAAAUCUUUA